AUGGCCGGACUGCAACAGGCGCCGGAGCAGCAGCAGCAGCAGCAGCCGCGGCUGCACGUGGAGGGUUGUGUGGAGCUGGUGGCGCGGGCCGUGAAGGUGCGCUCGCCUGGGGGCUCCCGGAAGGCUACGGCCACUGCGACGACGACCACCAUCGAAAUAGAAGUGGGUGUGGAGGCGCAGGAGGAAGCGUGGGCGGCGUCCGACCCGGCGGAGGCUCCGCUGCAGGAGGCGGCGCCGGUGCAGAAGCAAGUCGCCCAGCCCAGAACCGUUAACUGGGAGAUUGCGGACGGGCGGCGAGCCCAUCUCGAGACGGAGCCGGCCAAGAGCAAUCUGGCCAGGACGAACACUCUGCAGGGAGUCGCGGAGCGCAUGCUUGAGCGCGUCACCACAGAGGCGCACCAGCUGCUCAGGCUGCAGGAGGAGGUGGAGUCUGCGACGGGGGCGAGCGCACUGGACGCGGUGCGGCUGUGGCUGCUGGAGCGCGGCCUGGAGCGCCGCGUGCGCCACCACCUCUCGCUGGUGUUCCGCGAGAUGCACCUGCUGCGCGAGGCGCACCACCAGUUCGACGCGCGGGCCGUCGCGCUCGACGUCGGCAGCCCCGCGCUGCGCCUGCUCCACGACCCCUCGGGCUCCUCCAGCAGCCGCUUCUCUGGGUCCGGCGCAUACGCGCUGCCCGCCGCCGGCAGCCGCCCCGCACUGGGAGCCAGGCGACGCGGAAGGAGCAGCGGCCCGUCGUCCUGUUCUACUGCGGCGGCGGACGACGACCACCAUCGCGUAUCGGAGGCGGAAGAGCCGUCCGCAUUGGCAAGCAGCGGUGAGAGCACGUGGGCGGCGGCGGAGGUGGCCGCUGCGAUGGCGACCGCCGCCAGGGGCCACGCUGCGGGGGGCGACGACAACGAUGACGAUGACGCCGCGUGCCGCUUCUCGCCCGUCCAGUGGAGCCGCGACCGCUUUGACAAGGUACGGACCAAGGGCAACUCAGACUCCAGCAGCAACAGCGACGGCCUUCUGGACUCAGCGCGCGCCCUCCAUGACGUCAACGCCGGCUCCAGAGAAGAUGCCACAUUGGACAAGCUCAUGCAAGCCACGAGUUCCGCCACAGCUGUUGCUGAGGCUGUGGAGGAGGCGGAGGCGUGCGCGGCCAUGGCGGUGUUCCGCGAGCUGCAGCGCCAGUUCGAGUAUCUGGCGGACACGCUGCGCCAGCACGCCCUGGUGGCAGACGGCGUGCUGCGGCAGGCCGGCCAGUGGAAGCCGUCCGGGGGCGGCGCGCCGGGGGCCGAGGGCGACCAGGGGCAGCAGCAGCAGCAGCAGCUGCUGCACGAGGUGGCACUCAUGCACUGCGAGACGCAGCGCACACAGGUGUUGCUGUUGCGCAGCGAGAGGGCACUGCAGCGCAUCGCGGACUCCCUGCCGCCCGCCCCCACGAUGGUGCGGCUGCCACCGUCGCCCCCGCUCCGCCGCCGGCGCCUCGGCCUCGACUGGUUCUCCACCAUCCUCAAGAGGCGCUUCUUGCGCCGCCAGUAG